AUGAAUGAAUUAGAAAACUGUACUUACAAUUUGGAAAAUGUACUCCUCAGUUUCUACAAAAUCGCAAACGUACAAAAAAUUAACUACAAUCAAUACAAUUCAAAAAAAAAUGACGAACAAUGGGCUAUACAUACUGAAUUACUAUUAAGAAAAAAAAAUCCAUCCUCUUUAGUCGCUUCCCUCUCAAAGGAAUUAUGGUGUUUUAGUUUGAACGAUGACCAAAUCCCAGAUAUACCAAAAAAUAAUAACUCAAAUGAAAUUAUACAUCCAGAUAAAUCAGGAAACUUCAAUUCAAAUUAUUCAAAACCAAACUUACCCCCUCACUACGCAAUCUUCCUAAAGGCUCUAAGAAGAAUGAUCUAUAUCAACCUAACAAAAUCUUCAAUCAAUAAAUUGUACCCAUUCGGUAACGGUUCAAUCUUUAUGGAUUCAAAAAAUUCAACUUGCAUCUUCCAAGUAGAACCACAUCUAUUCGAAAAUGGCGACUUGACCAUUUCAUUAUCGUUGAAAAAUUUAAACAUCGUUCAAUUGAACUUAAACAACUUAGAUGAUUCCUUUUUGAAAAAUAAUGCAAUCUAUCUACUACCCUUAGGUACAAGAGCUUAUUUACCUUCUUCAAAUAUUUCUGCAUGUAUAGCACAACCUCCGGAAAAUUCAGAUGCUUUGCUAAACACUUUACUCAUUUCUCAUGGUAUUGAUUUAAUCUCAAAAAAAAAUUUACAAUGGGUGAAAUUAAUCCCACAUCUAGGUCACUUUAAUGGCCAUAUCCCUCGUAUUUCCUCCUACAUAGACACACCAAAGGAUUCAAGAUCCGUAAUAUGGCCAAUCGACUUAAUCUUUGUACAGCCCGCAUUACAAGUAGACAAGAAAAAACCAUCUUCACCAAAACGAGAUAUAGACGAUUUAAACUUUAAUUUAGAUGACGCUUUGGAUAUCGUAGAUAACUUCAUACAAUUAAGACAAUCUUCUGCAUACAGAACUCCAGGAAGUUCAGGCAUCCUGACGGGAACAAACCCAUUGAGUUCAGGAGGCGCCUAUACAGACCAAUUCCAGAAUUUUCAAAGAAAUAUGGCCAUCUCUUCAAAUGGUAGCACACAAAGUUAUAAACAAAAGAUAACACCUUCAGAUUCAAAUAUAAACUAUACAAUGGAAAAGAGAAACGCAAAUUCAGUAGAACAGUUCGGAAUGAGUGAACUCAUAACUUCGGAUUUAGAUCAUUUGAACGAUAAAAGAAACUAUAACCCUGAUCUAUUGGGUAGCCCAUUGAAAAGCGAAUCAAAUAGAAGAAUCUUAAACUUUGACAACCAAAUAAGAUCAACCGAAAGAACCCCUAACUUAUCAAAAGAAUCUUCUCAGUUGGAAAAUGAAUCUAACAAUUCGGCAGCUGAUAAAGAAUUAUUUGGAGAGGAAGAAGAAGAACAAGAGGUAGUAGCAGGUGCAGAGGAGGAGGAGGACGGAGAAGAAGUAGAGGAAGAAGAAGAAGAAGAAGAAGAAGAUUUGUUCGGCGAAAGUAAUAACUCUUCAGAAGAAAAAUCAAGAAACAAAAGAGAAUCAUCAGAUGAAAUCACAGAAGAUAUGUUUGGACUGUCAGAUGAUGAAGAUGCAACGAAAAGCAAUACAAAUUUAUCAGAUCAAAAUUUUUUCAGACAUUCUGAGAACGAGAAUAUUAUAAAUGUUGCAAAACCUAACAAUAAAAGAAAAUAUCUCGAUAUUCCAUUAGAUGAGAUCACUUUAUCCAAUACUCCCCUUUAUACAGAUCCAGGUGCACCAUUGCCUGUCGAAACUCCAAGAGAUAGACGUAAAAGUGUAUUUGCUCCUUUAAAUUUCAAUCCAAUCAUUGAACAUACUGUGGAUAACAAGUAUAAAAAUGGUGGUAAAUUCUCUUUUAGUCCGUCUCACAAUGAAGAAGCUUUAAAUUUCGAUAUUUCAAAGAAUGGAUUAUCUACUUCAGAAGAUGAUGACAGUGACUUCAGCGACGACCUUGAAGGCCUAGAGGUUAAACCAAUAGAAAGGGGAACAGACAACAAUGGAACAGAUUCACAAUUCUUGGAACAAAAUUCUUUACAAGUUUUAUCAGAGCCUUUGCCUCCUAGUCUCUUACGUGGUGAAUUACUUUCAGGAAAUGAUAACAAUAAUAUUGAUGUAAUGAAAGAGAACUUGAACUCUAUAUGGAAGAUAAACCAAAAUGGUAUGAAUACAAAUGAUUCACCAAUUCGUGCAAUAGAGGCCUCCUAUGGUCCAAUGGAUGUCGAUUCGAAGUCAUCAUCAGAUAUAUUUCCUAAAAUGCCAAUUACAAGGGACCAACCGUUAUCCGCAAAUAGAAGUCCCGAUUUGGCUCAUGUUGAUAUUAUUGAGACAAAUUUUGAACCAAAGGGAACUGAACUACAACCAGCAAACUUCGAGUUUUCUUCAAAUCCUUUAUCAAGUCUUCCCUUUUUAUUACGUCAUAUGCCUUUAUCCACUAUUCCAGAGGUAUUUUUAUCUUCCACUCCAUCUCUUACAAUUUCAGAUGAUAAUCAACGUGUCCUGAAUCUGCUAUCCGAACAGCUAGUUUAUGAUUUUGAUACCCUACAAGGAUUAAAUAUUCCUUCAAGAAGCUACAAAGGGAUCACAUCGUGCACAAAUGGAUUAAUUACUAAUGUAAUAAGUAAUUUGUUUCCAAAUUUUGAUAGAAUCAAUGGCAGUGAUAUAAUCUCCCAAUUUUACCCAAUGAGAGAACCAUACGUAUACGUUAAGAAGCAUCAUGAUAUCAUAAAGAUAAGAGCAGAUUCACAACCUUUCAGCAAAUAUUUAAAUCUAAAACCUUCUAAGGGCAUCAAAAAUUUCAGGUUUUUGUUAAUAACUACUUCAAGUAAAGAAAAUUGUUCUACAUUUGUAUCCACCUUAUGUCAAACAUAUAUCGGAUAUGAAUUUGGAUUUUGUGAAUUAUUAAAACUUAAUAAUGAAGAUACUCAAGGUAUGAUCUAUUUACAAGAUUAUGAAGAUAACAAGCUAUUACUUUUGGCUGCCCAGAUUGUGUCAUAUUGUUCAACAAAUAAAAGCUCCGGUAAGGAAGUACCGUUAUUGUUGGUUUUACCACUGAAAACUAAUAGAUUAUCUGAUUUAGUUGAGAUGACUUCAAAGUUCGAGAUUAUAAAUAAUGAGGUAAAAUCUAAAAUUCCAAAUGCUCAAAUUUUCUUCAAAGCUAUUCUAAUGGAUUUCAUCAACAAUCCGCUAGUAUCAAUCGACGAAUAUUUUAAUCAAUGUGUUAGUAUCUAUAACAUUUUACCCCAGAAAUCAAUAAAAUUUGCAUCGAUAGCGCCUAAACACCCAGAGAAGAUAAAAUUCCGUACUCUUCAAUCCAGUGGAGGUCCAUCAGUUAUCCAUUAUGAUUCAUAUAUCCAUUUAGCAUAUUCUAGAAGUCUUGAUAAACAGUGGGUAUUCGCCGCCUUCUCAGAUAGUAACGGUAAUGAUAAUUUAACAAGAGCUUGGUAUGUUGGAUCAUCUAAAAAUAAGUUUGAUGAAACAUGUAAUGAAAUAUGGUAUAUUGCAUUAAAAUUGGCAUCUAAGAAAUAUGGUAAAAUUUGUUUGAUAUUAACAAGAUUAAACAGCGUAUUACCUGAUGAUGAAUUGAUGAACUGGAGAAGGCUAUCGGGAAGAAAUGUCCAUUUGGCAGUUGUGUGUGUUGAUGAUACUGAAAAGAUAUCGUUUUAUGAUCAAGAUGAGAAUUACCCAUCAUUCAAGAAAUUUUUCAAAAAUGAAAACUAUACAAAUGCAUUACAAAAAGAGGACCUAGAAGAAUAUGAAAUUAGAGAUAUUGAUUAUGAAGUACAUGGAAUUAUCUUCAAAAGUCCUUUCCCAUUAUCUAAUUCUCAACAUAGAUGUGCAAUUAAAAGCGGUGCAUUAAUGAAAUUCCAUGAAGCUGCAGGCGAAGCUCUUUGGGACAAAUUUGAAGUCAAUCUAUUAAAUUGCCCGCAUUCCGACAGUACCCAAUUAUUAAAGACAAUUUUAGAAGAAUACAGAAAUUUAGCUGCAUUAAGCACAUGGUUUGGUGUCUCAAAUGGAGAUUCAGCCCAAAUCCCAUGGCAUGUAUUAGCAGUUAAAAAAAUGAUGAAAUGUUUAGUACAUCUACAAGUAUCAAACAAAUAA